ACUCGCCCUGUACUCGAGCCUUAAAGCUAAACCCCGAAAACCAAACCAAAACCACACUUUCCCAGCUGAUGCCUCUUCAUUUUCUCAGUGCCCAAAUAGAUUAAGUCCGUCUCUCUCUUUUCAAAUUAUAUGUCGAGUAUUAAGUUGAACUGAAAAUGUCAUCUUUAUCAGUUAACUUUCUGUGUAAAGAUAGAUGCGUAACUGCUGGGAAACCAGGCUACAGUCUCUUGCAGACAUCGUCGAUUGGUUAUUUUCCGGCUGGAAUAUUGCAAGUUAGAACUGGCUUGAAUAAAGUGUUGAAGAGAGCUAAUUUAUUUCCUUGCAUUAAGUGUGAGAAGAAGGAUGAGCCAAUCGAGCAUGUGUCUGUUGAACGUCCUCCAUAUUAUAGCUAUAUGGACUCAACAUCUGGGCAGCUUGAACCAGCAUCUGGUGCUCGUGCUAGUAUUCCAGAGGAGGAAUACUGGCCUGAAGGCACUGCUAGUAGAGUUAGGGCUGCCAGGGCGCCUGAACCAACUGGAACUUCGACUGGAUCCCCGUCUUAUGGAAAAAGUCCGGGAAGUAGGAGGAAGAAGUAUAAAACGCUAGCUGUUUCUCAAUCUUCUCAUGUGAGCAUUGAACCAACUGAAACUGUCGUGCCUGAAAUUGUUGAGGACACAGUGGACGAUCCUAAAGGCUCCUCAUCAGAUUAUGUCAUUUACCAAACAGAACCUAAAGAAGAUGAAGAAAGUGGGUAUGAAUUAGACAAGAAAUUUGGACGCCCUCAUCCAUUUAUUGAUCCAAAAGUGAAGAAACCAAUGGAGGAACCACUUACUAGUGAAGAACUAUGGUGGAAUUGGAGAAAACCAGAAAAAGAACAAUGGUCUAGAUGGCAAAGGAGACGACCUGAUGUUGAAACGGUUUUUCUGAAAGCAAUGGCUGAGACUGGGCAAGUGAAGCUCUAUGGUGAACAUCCAACAUUGACUGAAACUUCCCUUUACAGAGCUAGGCGCCAUCUUUUCAAGGAAGAAAGGCUAAAAGCUGAACAAGAAAGACUAGAAAGAAUUGGUCCAAUGGCAUACUACUCUGAAUGGGUGAAAGCAUGGAAAAGAGACACUUCACGUGAAGCUAUUCAGAAACAUUUUGAAGAGACUGGUGAAGAUGAAAAUGCUCAACUGAUUGAAAUGUUCUCUCAUCAAACAGAUCGAGAAUACCGGAUUAUGAUGGGCACUGAUGUCCGUAUCCGAAGGGAUCCUCUAGCAAUGCGAAUGCGAGAAGAUCAAAUAAAGCAAAUAUGGGGUGGAGAUCCCGUUUACCCAACCGUGAACUACAUUCAAGAUCCAGAUGAAGUGAUUGAUUAUAGAGGACCAGAUUUUCAUGAACCGACACCAAAUAUGCUGGCCUAUCUAAAGGAGCAUGGCAAAAUCAUAUCGAGGGAGGAGCUUGAGAAAAUUUUGGCAAAGGAGAAGACUGAAGAACUUGAGAUGACAGAUAUAGAUGAUGCUAUGGCUCGAGCUGUUGAUAUCGGUGAAAAUGAAGAGGAUGAAGAUGAUGACGGUGAAGAUGGUGGUGAUGGAGAAGAGGAGAAAAUCACUCGCAAUUGGAGCGUUCUGAAAUCUACACCUCAGCUUCGAAAGUCAAAGGAUAAGCCGAAAAAGGAGGAUCCAAUGUCCUUGGAAGAGGCUGUGGAUGAUUCUGAGAACCUGACUGAUUUUCUCAUGGACUUUGAAGAAGAAGAGUGAGGGUUCUCUACCGGCUUGAUGCAUACAACAUGAUUUGCUAUCGAGUAAAUUCUCCGAAAUAAAUGCUACAAAACUGAAAAGAGGGGAUGGAUAUGUGAGGGAAGGUGAAGAUGGUGAUUUUGGUGAAACGCCCCAAGGUUUUUCAUGUCGAAAAUGAUCUCUUAUUGAUUGAUAUGUGAGCUACUUGAGAGGGCAUUUGGAAACUUUGGCAGCUGAAUGAACAUUCCAAGGUGGUUCGUUUGCAAUUACUGAUUGGAGGUUUAGCUC